GCAACAGCUAUGAUAAAAUACAUAAUUCACUUCUCGGUAAUAAGCAUUUUGGUAAUAAUGUUCAAUAUAAAGGAUCUUCGGAAUACAUUCAAGUUUGGCAAUUGCCAAACAACAAAUUUUUAUUUGAUAUAAUUGAUUCAAAUUACGCCAAAGACAAAGAAUUUGAGGUUAUUUUACAAUAUGAUGAUGUGACAUCAGUCAAGAAAGAGGUUAAUAUGAUUGAUGAGAACCAAUAUUCAUUUAAUAUUGAUUUUGAGGAAUUUGUUGGAGUUGAUAAAAAUUUAUUGAUUAAAAUAACUGAUAAAAAUGGUACAAUUAUAAAAGAAUUUAACUAUUUCCAAACAAAUGAAAGAAUCUUGGAUGGUGGUAUAGAAGAUAUUUCUUUAGUGAUGGCACGUGUUAAAGCCGUUGCUGAAAAAGUGUUUAAAAAAUCUCAUGAUUAUUUUUCCGGGAAAUUCAGCUUCUGGUUACCAGUUUUCUACGAAAAGGUUAAAUGUUUUGUGAAGGAGAUGUUGGAUUUCUAA